AUGGUGUCUUUCGUUGUUUUCUCGGAAUUUUUUCUUUGCACUCGCAGUCAUCGCACGGUCUCGAUAGAACCAUCGCAGUAUAGUCUACACCACCAGUCCUCGUAUAUGCAUUCAGAAGAACCUGUGGCACCAGCCCUUUCGACAUACCAAGAUGAAUCGACAUUCUCAUAUGAUAAAGUUCAAUCAACGCACAAGGAGAGAAAACAUCUCCGUUUGAAAAAUCCCGAUGAUCACGAUGAGGUGCUUUGUAAAAUACGAGAUUACUAUUCAUUGCCUGAAUUAGUUGAGAGAUUAUCUGAGUUGGACCGAGAAGAACCAAAGUAUAAACGCAUAACAUUACAGUUCCCCGAUGAGCUAAUAUGUGAUUCUGCUACUAUCGUCCACUACAUACAAGAGAAACUUGGCGUCGAUGCAACAAAUCCAAAACAGAAAAUCUGGAUUCUUGCUGAUACUUCUUACUCGGCUUGUUGUGUUGAUGAAAUAGCUGCUGAACAUGUACAAAGUGAUUUAGUGGUUCAUUUCGGAGAUGCAUGUUUGAAUGAAGUGGCCAAAUUGAAUUCAAAGUAUGUGUUGGGAAAACCAGAAAUUGAUGUGGAUGAAAUGGUAAGGCAGUUCCAAGCCAGGUAUAAAACUAAGGAUAAAAUUGUCUUGAUGGCUAAUGCACCAUUUACUCAUAUACUAUAUCAGUUGAAGGGCAAAUUACCGGAAUAUAAAGAUGUGAUCGUUGCUGAUUUGAUUGUGCCGAGUUCGAAAUCGGAAAUAAUUGGAUAUCUGCCAACAAAUGAUAACGAAUUUUCCAAAUUCAAUCGAACUUUCCCCGUGGAAAAUAUAUCUGAGUAUGAGUUAUUUCAUGUAACUAUUCCAGAAGCUCCAAGAUUAUUACAACUAACCACAAAUUUUGCAUCUGUAACCACUUACGAUCCUGACACAAACACAACGUCACAGGGUCCUUAUCCCAACUUAAUGAGACGAUACAAAUUUGUUCAUGUUGCUCGAAGCGCAGGUACGAUCGGUAUCCUUGUCAAUACCCUAUCAUUAUCAAAUACAAAGCAACUAAUCAACACGAUAAAGGACAAGAUCAAAAUAGCAGGUAAGAAACAUUACAUCUUUGUUGUGGGUAAGCCAAAUGUCGCCAAAUUGGCCAAUUUUGAAAGUGUUGAUCUUUGGUGUGUUUUGGGUUGUGACCAUCAGGGUAUUAUUAUUGAUCAAGUGAAUGAAUUUUUCAAACCUAUUGUUACGCCAUAUGAAUUGUUGCUUGGUCUUAGUGAUGAGUUGACGUGGACUGGUAAAUGGAUUACUGAUUAUAAAAGUGUGAUUGAAGACUAUAAACAGGAGCAAGAAGCAACAGCAAAAGAAGGGGAGGGUAAUAAUGAUGAGGCUAGUUCUGAUGAAGAGCCAGAGUUUGACCCUGUUACUGGUAGGUAUGUGAGUAUGUCUAGACCACUUCGACAGAUUAAUCAUUUGACUAUCAAGAAUGAGAGUGAAAAUGAGUCUAUUGGUAAUGAUGAAAACAGAUUAGUUGAGAGAUUUUCCAACAGUAUCGCUAUACGUAGCACUGUAAGUACAUCAGCAAUGCAUUUACAAAAUAGACAAUGGACUGGUUUAGGAAGCGAUUAUGCCGAGGAUAAUAGAUCUGAUGGGGAAGAGGAAGGCGCUUUGGCAGUUGAAGGAAGAUUGGGUAUUGCUAGAGGCUAUGAUUUUGAUACACAAGAGCAGCAAGAAUAA